CCGCGAGAACUCAAGUCUCAUGAUCCCAGCUUGUCUUUCUCCUUAAUUCUCGCGAGGUUUCCUGUUUCCUCCUCUUUCGCUCCCUGUAGCCAACAUGGCAGUCGGCAAGAAUAAGAGGCUGACCAAAGGCGGCAAAAAAGGUGCCAAAAAGAAGAUCGUGGAUCCUUUCUCCAAGAAGGACUGGUAUGAUGUUAAGGCACCGGCCAUGUUCAACAUCCGCAACAUUGGCAAAACCUUGGUCACCCGGACUCAGGGAACCAGAAUUGCCUCUGAUGGUCUUAAGGGGCGCGUGUUUGAAGUGAGCCUCGCCGACCUGCAGAACGACGAGGUGGCCUUCCGCAAGUUCAAGCUCAUCACUGAGGAUGUUCAGGGCAAGAACUGUCUCACCAACUUCCACGGCAUGGAUCUGACCCGUGACAAGAUGUGCUCCAUGGUCAAGAAGUGGCAGACCAUGAUUGAAGCCCAUGUGGACGUCAAGACUACCGAUGGAUACCUCCUCCGUCUUUUCUGCGUGGGCUUCACAAAGAAGCGCACCAACCAGAUCAGAAAGACCUCCUAUGCCCAGCACCAGCAGGUCCGUCAGAUCCGCAAGAAGAUGAUGGAGAUCAUGACCCGUGAGGUCCAGACAAACGACCUAAAAGAGGUGGUCAACAAGCUGAUCCCCGACAGUGUUGGCAAGGACAUCGAGAAGGCCUGCCAGUCCAUCUACCCUCUACACGACGUCUACGUCCGCAAAGUCAAGAUGCUGAAGAAGCCCAAGUUUGAAUUGGGCAAACUGAUGGAGCUCCACGGUGAAGGCGGUGCCACCGGUACGGCAAAGGCUUCUGGUGAUGACACCGGAGCCAAGGUGGAGAGGGCUGAUGGCUAUGAGCCCCCCAUCCAGGAGACUGUUUAAAAACAUCCAAACAGAUUUAAUAAAAAAUGUAAAUUACCAACAAA